AUGAAUCGGCUCUCGUGUUUUCUGCUCGUUAUUGGAUUGUGCAUAGGAUUGAGUAACGCAAAUUUAAUAUGGAAUGAGAAAAACACUGUAUUCUUCAAGAGUUCCCUUGGUCGAAACAAUGUUUUGAAGAUUCAUUGCACAUCAGAAGACAAUCUAGGUUUCCAUUUUUUGCGUCCUGGAGAAACCUAUGAUUUUAGUUUCCAUGAUAGUAUUGUGAGAUCAGACUUUUACUGUGAAUUAUGGCAAGGGCCUAAUUUCAAGUUUCAUGCAUCAUUUAUGGCAUAUCAAGGUGGUGGUCUCAUAGUUCAUUAUGGUAAAAAGAACUUUUGGGAUGCUAGAGAAGAUGGAAUCUAUUUCACUCAUGGCAAAGAAACGCCCAAGUUAGAGUAUAAGUGGAAAUAA